AUGGAUCUCAACGUUUCUCUGAGUGCUUUCGUGAACGAGAGUCUUGCGGGCUCCGCUGGAUACGAUUCAAAUGGCAUGGACGGUUACGAUCUGUUAGGAGGCUUGAACAACACUACCACGGCCGAACCGACUCCGAGAAUGUCCCCACGACCUAUCGACGACUUCCCCACGUGGACUCAAUUCUUCCUCCGAUUUAAUUCAUUUCACCGAUCUCACAGGUACGUUCAUCAUAUACACGGUUACCUGGCGCUCGUCGUUUGUGUAUUGGGAAUCAUCGCCAACAUCCUGAACGUCGCGGUCCUGUCCCGGAAAAACAUGAUCUCUCCAACGAAUUGCAUUCUGAUAGGUCUCGCCGUUGCGGACAUGCUCGUCAUGUGUUUCUAUCUCCCCUAUUGCAUCAUGGAAUUCAUUACGGAACGAGAGCAAGACUGCCUGAUAGACGGCGUAAUGGUGGCCUGUCGAUCAUACCCGGCCGUUCUGUACACUCUGAUAUGUUCAAACGCAACCGUAGUUUUCCACACGGUGUCCACGUGGCUGACAGUGGCUCUGGCCAUUUUUCGGUGGAUGGCGGUGGCUUUUCCAAGCCACUCACGGCAGCUGUGCUCCAUGAAGCGGGCCAAGAUAGCCAUCGGGCUGACGUACGUCGGUACGUUCAUUGCCUGCGUACCGAACUACUUCUCGUUCACGGUACACGACGUACUCGCGAAAGGCAUCGGCUCAGGCGACACAAUGGUUUCAUAUAGAGUCGACUUCGCAGAGCUCAAAUACGGCGAAGGGAUACGCAAGUUCAACUUCUGGACGUACAGCGUACUUAUGAAACUCAUCCCAUGCCUGGCGUUGACGAUUCUAUCCACGGCCCUCGUUCGAGCGCUAUGCGAAGCGGAGGACAGACGUCGACGUCUCAAGGGACGAGCUCCGAAUCCGGAUGGGGCGUCGUCCCACAACCAGCGAUCCGCCGAUCGAACGACGCGGAUGCUCUUAGCUGUUCUUCUGUUAUUCAUCGUGACGGAAUUCCCCGCUGGAGUCCUGUCUCUGCUAUCGGGCAUCGACCCUGACUUCUUCGAAAGUUACGUCAGGGUGGGAGAUAUAUUCGACAUCCUGGCUCUGAUCAACAGCUCCGUCAACUUCAUCCUUUACUGCACAAUGAGCCGGCAGUUCCGGAAAACGUUUGCGCUCCUCUUUACGCCGCGAUGGCUAAAAAAGUGGGCCCCGGUUAUGGCCACUGAGGCCAAUGCGACCAUAGCUACGACCUGCGUAUAG